CCUUGAUAUAUUGAAUAUUGGAUGUGACCGCAACAAGUUCAACACAGGCGGACUAUGAUUCAGACGACGGAGGAUUUGUGUCGCAAACUCCAAAAUCUUGAUAAUGAGUGGAACAAGAAAAAUCACGAUGUUGAAGAUUGCCUAAAGAAAGUCGAAGAAAUAACAUCUGGAUUAACUAGAUGUGCAUUCCUUCCGAAAAAUGAAUCAGAGGCUUCUCGACGUGAGCUUCUUGUUGCCAGAAGUACACUGGAAAUAGCAGCUAUGUUGUGUUCCGAGAAACAAGAUAUUCCUGCUUUCGAACAUUAUAUGUCCCAGUUAAAGUGCUACUACUAUGACUAUAAAGGAAAUCUCCCAGAUUCGCCUUAUAAGUAUGAACUUCUUGGGUUAAAUCUACUGUUUUUGUUGUCGCAGCGUAGACUAGCUGAUUUCCACGUUGAAUUAGAACGGCUUACGAUUGAAGAAAUCACUUCCAGUGUAUAUAUCAAUCACCCAGUCUCUAUGGAGCAGUAUUUGAUGGAAGGCAACUUUCACAAGGUCUUCCUGUCCAAAGGUAACGUGCCGUCCAAGAGAUACGAUUUCUUCAUCGAUAUAUUUUUAAACGCAACCAGAGAGGAAGUCGCCUCUUGUAUAGAGCAUGCGUAUGAAACGUUGUCACUCAAAGAUGCUACUCCUAUGUUGUUUUUUAGCUCAAACAAUGAAACAAAAUUAUUUGCUGAGAAGAGAAAAUGGAAUUUAGUGGAUGAUACUUUUCAUUUUCCAAAACAUAAGAAACGGGCGGACGAUGCCAUCCCGUCUGCCCACGUAACACGAGUAAUGCUUGACUAUACGAAAGAGUUGGACCAAAUAAUUUGAAAAAUGACAAUCCAGGGUUAUUACUUGUAUCUAUCCUUCAGAACGAAUUAAAUUUUGCAUGUAUUUUGUUAAAUUAUCAGUGUAACCAGUGUAUCGCACUGCACUGCAUGAAAGCGUAUUGCAAACAAAUCACACUACUCGUGUUCUGUAAUUUGAGUGGCCACCUGUAGGAAUUUUUAUGAAUAGACUCCAUUCCUCCAUA